CUUCCCGCCAUUCUCCCCCGUUCCCCUCUCGAGUCCAACCCACGAAUCUCUCUCUCUCUCUCUCUCUCUCUCUCUCUCUUGCGGCGUGGCGGCGGCGGCGAGGCGAGGAAGAUGCUGUGGGUGGACAAGUACCGGCCCAAAACCCUAGACAAGGUCACCGUCCAUGACCAGGUCGCGCAGAACCUCAAGAAGCUGGUGGCUGAGCAGGAUUGCCCGCACCUGCUGUUCUAUGGGCCGUCGGGGUCCGGGAAGAAAACCCUAAUCAUGGCUCUCAUCAAGCAGAUGUUCGGCGCCGGCGCGGAGAAGGUGAAGAUGGAGAACAAGACAUGGAAGAUCGAUACUGGGUCAAGGACAAUUGAGAUAGAAUUGGCAAUGUUGUCAAGCACCCACCAUGUGGAAAUGAACCCUAGCGAUGCCGGGUUUCAGGACAGGUAUGUUGUUCAAGAAGUCAUCAAAGAGAUGGCAAAGAACAGGCCAAUUGAUGCCAAGGGCAAGAGAGCAUUUAAAGUCCUUGUGCUAAAUGAAGUCGACAAGCUCUCACGAGAAGCCCAGCAUUCCCUUCGCAGGACAAUGGAGAAGUACAGUGCAUCAUGCAGGCUGAUAUUAUGCUGUAAUAGCUCAUCAAAGGUGACAGAGGCUGUAAGGUCCCGUUGCUUGAAUGUGCGAGUGAAUGCACCCAGUGAAGACCAGAUUGUCCAAGUUCUGGAGUUUAUCGGGAAGAAAGAAAAUCUGAAUCUUCCAUUUGGAUUUGCUGCUCGGAUAGCAGCACAAUCGAACCGCAACCUGAGACGAGCAAUACUGUUUUUCGAGACCUGCAAAGUCCAGCAAUAUCCAUUUACAUCAAAUCAAGUAGCGCCUCCUCUUGACUGGGAGCAGUAUGUGGCAGAAAUAGCAGCUGAUAUCAUGAAAGAACAAAGCCCUAAGAGGCUAUACGCCGUACGCCAGAAGUUAUAUGAAUUACUUGUCAAUUGUAUCCCGCCUGAAAGCAUCUUAAAGAAGCUGUUGGCAGAGUUACUGAAGAAAUUAGACUCUGAUUUGAAACAUGAAAUUUGUCACUGGGCUGCACACUAUGAACACAAGAUGCGGCUUGGGUCCAAGGCCAUUUUUCACAUAGAAGCUUUCGUCGCCAAGUUCAUGAGCAUCUACAAGGAAUUUCUGGUCUCGACAUUUGGCUGAGCAAAACGAUGCAUAUUGUCGUCCCCAGCAACACAAAGGACGUGGGCACUCCCCGUACUCGCCAUCUUGGCCAAUUAAGCGGUUCGAUCGAUGCAACACGGGUGUGUUUGUAGUUUCUAGGAAUUCUAUGUGAGUGGCAUUCGGCUGGCCUUUUGUGCUUUGCAAUUGCCUAGUCUGAGGCAUCCUAUGUGGCAAAAAAAAAUGCUUGAAUGGUUCGGUCAAAACUGAAAUAUUAAUCUUAAGCACAAACAAAAACGGACGAUUCUCGAUC